AUGAAACGACAGAUGGCGAAUCCGUACGAGUACCACCACGAGCUCGGAAUUUACUACACCCGCGUGCACCCUAAGAUCAUCGUCGGCUCGCAGCCGCAAACACCGGACGACAUAGACCGUUUGCAGCGUGACGAGGGCGUGCAGGUGAUUCUUAAUCUCCAGCAAGACCAUGACAUGGCGUACUGGAGCGUGGACAUUGGAUCCAUCAUCAAACGGUGCAGGGAGCGCCACGUGGAGCAUCACCGCCGGCCUGCCGUUGAUUUCGAUCCCAAUUCGCUCCGCCAUGAGCUUCCCAGGAUGGUUGCUGUGAUCGCAAAGGCCGUCGCGGAAGGGAAAACCGUCUACGUGCACUGUACCGCGGGCCUCGGCCGGUCUCCGGCAGCUGUGAUAGCGUAUCUGUUCUGGUUCGCCGAGCCGCGCGUGGACUUGAACGGCGCAUACGACCACGUUACAUCUCUCCGCCCGUGCGGUCCCAAGAAGGACGCCAUUCGCGGCGCAACGUACGACUUGGCGAAGAACAGCCCUUACCAGCCGCAGUUCGAGCACCUUCCGGAUUUCGCGUUCACUGACGUGGCACAGUGGGAGAGAGAUCUCAUCCGCCAGCGCGUGUGGCGAGAAGACAUAGCGGAUAACGCUGUAACCCUCUGCCUGGAGCCGCUCCUUCAUAGUACGCUCUGA